AGCUGGCCUCUAAAAGGCUUUACAAUUUGGUCAAAGACAGAUUUAAUCUCUGUGGGCCCAUUAGUUCAAAAAGAAAAGAUGGUGGUACGUUAGACAAUUACAGCACCUGCUGUAAACGUUCACACAGCGAACAGUAGCAGUAACUUCAUUUCACCCACUUUCCAGCGGUCUAGGAAACCUCAUUACAGGCCGGUCGUGUUUAAUAUAAGCUUUACAAAUGUUUACUUUGCACGGCUCUCACAGAGACCAUGUCCAUUGAGAAAGAAAUACUCUUUCGUUUUCUGGAUGCACCAUUGUUCCUUGAGAUUAUCGGUCCCCCUGCCCUUGGAAACGGAACAACAUUUACCACGACUGUGCAAAAGCUUGUAGCGGUUGGCGGGAAAACAGAGAAGACUCUGCUGUCUACACCGGGGUUUGAGCUACAGGGUCGCUCCUAGCCGGGUCUGAACGGCGACUUCACCGGCUCACACACACACACCACGGGCGGGCAGAGGACCUGACGUGUUCAGGAUGUCGCACGGCUUCUUACCUGCCAUCCAAGUGAACGGACAGACAGGUCUACCUCCGUCACCGCCACACAAACGGCAAAACCUCAGCACAGAGUCGCCGACUGCAGCGACAGCGGGUUCGCCGGGGUCUACAACAGGCGCCGCCCAGUCACGACCGACCGCCAGGCUGCCGGGGAUAACCAGGAAGGAUUCUGACUUUGUCAGCGGUGGGAAGGGUCCAGAGAUGGAAACACAAACAGACAAGACAAAGCAAGUCAGGAAGAAGAGUCGAAGUCCUCGUCGGAGAAAGAAGAUGAACAGCUGGCACAGUUGGCCGGAUGUGGACUCACCAGAUAGAAUGUUCCCGGAUAUCAUGUGUAUGGAUUCAAAAGAAGGUAGGGGCGUAUCUCAAGUGCCCGGCGAUAUGAAGCACGGCAAACAGACAAAACUGCCUCAGCUUACGGUUAACAACACACACGCGGACAGUAUAAAGUCACCCCCUGUAAACAAGAAAGCGAAAAAAGACAAGCAUAAUAGUGACAGUAAUGACAACAGGUUGCAGCCACCGCGUUCAGAAAACACAAACCACGGUGUGAUCCUGCCGCCGCUGGGGCAUGGUACAAACUGGAAAACAUUCCAAAGAACAGGAGAGGACAAUACAACAAGAUGUAAGAGCGUGGACUCGGAGGUCGGGUCGGCGAGCGAGGAGACGGACUCCAGAAUGAGCUCCCCGGAGCUGGACCUGAAGUGCACCUCUUGGCUGGAAGGCCUCCGCAGAGCACAGUCAGACGACCUGCUACUGCUGAAACAGUCCACACAGAUGAAAUAGACUUUCUCAAACAGUCUAGAUGUGGAGUCUGGAACUCUCAGUCUAGUCAAUGGAUGUAACAUGUGUGAGUGCAAAUUUAUCAGUAUUUCUGCAAUAUGGAUUUAAUCCUCGAAGGAAGACCGAGACUGGUCGGUCACCGCUGUCACAGAAUAACAGACACGACCAUUGUGUCCAGUCGCCUGCAAUUAUGUUCUAAGUUCACUAUAUAUGCUAAUAAGUUGCAAAUACAUAACCAUUGUCGUUCCGUUCAUCACUUGAACUCAGUGAACACAUAGGCUUACUUGAAAGUUUUCAAUAUUUCAGUACAGUUUCGAGUUAGAGAUCUUCACGUGUAAAGAAACGUGACUGCUACCUUAUUGUGUUUAUGAUUUAUUGACAGCGAUGCAUACAAUACAUGACACGUUAUUAAUAUAUCUAGAGUUAUAUAGGCCGUCGCGGUAUCCAUGCGACCGGUUGUGAGCAGUCAACAGGAUCAUGAUUUGACGAUCAUUCACGUGCAUGUUCUGUUUUCCACCCGAUCGUGAGCGUAGCUGUCAGAAAACCCAAUGAAGCAUGUUUCGACGAAAUGAAACCGUACGAUAGAACUGGCUAUCCACUGGAACACAGAGGCCCUCAUACAUACGUACGGUAUUGGCGUGUUGAAACUAUUUGUGCUGUUCAAUAAUGUUACUUCACUUAAUGAAUCUUUGUUAUAUAUAUACUACUCCUCGUUACGUAUGUGAAUUAUAUGUUCCGUAUAAUACAAUCCAUGUGAGAACAAAGCAGGCCGUAUGACGGUUUGUACUGUAAUGAGUCGUUUUUCCCGCUGUCAUCACGUGGCGGCGGGCUAAUUUGACGCUAUUAUCUGUGGCGUGACAAUAGGCUCAUCAGCCUCCCUAAU